GUGGCCCCAAUUCAAUACCGGCAGAAUGAAGGAUGCCGAAGAACUCAUCCAACAUUUUCUUCAUGGUUUAGAUGAAGAGGAAGAUGAAGCACGAAGAUGAAGCACGUCAACCUUCAAUGGAUGCUUCAAAGAAGGUCACAAUUGUUAAUUCUAUCUUUGCGGGCGAGGAGUCUAGUGCUAUAUCCAGCACAGAAUAUGUACACGGUUCCGAUAAACGUGAAAGGACCCUUCUAUUCCGACUGCCAAUUCCACAUAGGAAGCACCAUGCUGUAGCUUCCAGAAGCAACAAUAAAGCUGAUGCUGAGGUGCAUGGUGGUGAUGAUCCUGUAUCAAUUGAGCAUUGCUUCUCUUUGUACACUGAGAAAGAGUUGAUACCUGAUUGGUUCUGUCGGUCUUGCACUGAUACAGCUAAUACAAACACAUCUGAAACAAAAACUGUCGUGGAGUCAGGUGGUGACGAUAACCAAAAUAACCAGAAACAGGAAACAACAAAAGUUUCCAGAGCUGCAAGGAAAAGACUGCUUAUAACCAGAGCUCCAGAUGUAAUGGUGGUUAGUUUGAUGAGGCAACAAAGUGCUCCUAAUAUUGUUGGGUAUGUUAAAUUGGAAGGACAUGUGCGCUUCAAGGAGAUUCUUGAUAUGCAGCCAUACAUGGACAAAAGGUACUGUUUUCUAAUGCCUUUUGAAUUCUAUGUUAUAGAAGUGGUUUGGUCUCCCAUUGAUUUGCCGCGCCCACUCAUUCAUCCAUCAACCCCUUCAGUUUUGAUCCCCUUUCAGAUGCAAGAUUAACACAUGCAUAUGAUUGCAUCAGUAAUUAAGGCACUACCCAUUUUUAAUAGUCUUGUUCGGAUGGAUAAGAAAUCAUUUUACCUGAAUCUGAAAAAUUGUUUGACCGACUAUUGUAGGAAAAAACAUUCCUUGACUGACUGAAUAUAGAUCCAUGCAUCAACCACAGUCAUAGCGCAGUGUUAGGAACUACUCCAGCUAUUUGCAAGCAUGAAUCAUUAACUAAUUAAUAAAUAUAACUCAAAGUUAAAACUAUAAUCAAUAAAAACCAAUCGUUUGUCCAAAUUAAAAAAUAGAAACUGGUAUAAUUGAAGUUAGCUUAGUUUAAUUAGGUCCAUACGCAUGAAAAAGCGGGAGCAGAUAGAUUAGCUAGGAUCCAUGACAUGAAAAUGAACUAUAAUUUUUGACUUAGUAUUCUUUUGUCCCUCGUCGGCGACAAACAAAGGCAUGCAUACUUUCUCUUCCUAGUUUUGAAAAUGAACCAUUAAUUAACUAACUCUAUACAUUCCCAGCUCCCUCCCUAACCAAAGAAGAUGUUCAACCACUACCUAGCUACUAAUCAUCCUUAUGUAGUUCCAGACAAUUAUUUAGGCUGAACUGGGUGUGGAUAUUUUCGAAUUUGGCAUCCCAGUAUUUGUGAUGUAUGAGUGGGCGAUAGUUCUAUACAGCUCUACGACUGCUUUGGUCAUCACUAUUUCCUGUAAUUUUCAGAUUUGACGAGAAUGACAA